AUGCAGAGCCCUGAAGAAGUGUUUUCAGCAGGGCGACGAUUUAGGAGUCGGUCCCCACUGUGUGGCAGUCUGGCACGCGAGACGAGAAAAACUUCAUCUGCUAUUCACGGAGCAUCGCUGAGCUCUGUUCAGUAUCGUGCUUUUGUUAGAGCCUUGCGCUUGCCUGUGGAUGCCCCAUGCUGUCGCAGUAAUCACUACGAAACCGCGUGCCGCUGGAUACACACGGGGCCUGGCUCCUCCCUGCGAUUCAAGUUCUUCUAUCACAGCAUCCUGUGGGAAGGCGACGAGGUCGACGAGCUCUCCUCUACGGCAGGAGUCUGGAUUCCUGUGCAAGUGAGUCGGGACUAUCUGCUGCGCGAGCCCGACUCUUCGCUGGAGGAGCCGCUUUGGGUCCAGUACGCGCACAAGGCAGGCGGCGAGCUGGCCGAGCUUGCCAAAGAGCAGGGUGCCGAGUUGAGCCGAUCCGCCAUUGGCCGCAGGCGUCCCUCGAUGCAUUUGAGGUUCGGUCUCUUGCCGUGA